CAGAGUUUUGGAACUCUCUUUCUUAUUGGUCUAUUAACGAAUUUACCGCUUGGGGAUGUCUCCAGGCAGGACAAAACUCCAUCCCACUAAAGCAGGCUGAAAUGUCAUGCAGUUUUUUCAACCAGCUCUUACACUAAAGGAGCAUUAUCAUCAUUUUCAAAUUUGUUAGUGUUGUGAGAUGUGCUCUAUUUGCCAUGGCAAGAGGUCUGUUUUCAUGGGUCUGGCUGAGGAAGCCUAUCUACAUACAGGCCCGAUUCUCCUACCUGCACAUGAAGUAUCUGUUCUUCUCGUGGCUGGCAGUGUUUGUGGGUAGCUGGGUGGUGUAUGUGGAGUACUCAUCCUACUCAGAGCUGUGUCGUGGACAUGAGUGCAAGAAUUCCAUAUGUGACAAGUACAGGAAAGGAGUGAUCGACGGCUCGGCAUGCAGAAGCCUGUGUGAAAAAGACACGCUGUACCUGGGGAAGUGUCUCUCUGCCAAGCCGAACAACCAGGUGUACUCAGGUGGCUGGGGGGACCUAGAAGGGGUGAUUAAGUGCCAAAUGGAAGAGAUUCCUCAUAACCUGGGAGCUGAGAUGGAGCACAGGAAGGAGGCAUCGCCCUUCAACAAGCCCACCAAGGGAACUUCCGUGGAGAAGUUCAAAGAGAUGGUCCUCAGCCACCUCAAGACCAAGGUGGGUGAACAGGCCAACCUUCCAGACCUGGUGAGCCUGGUUUUCUCUGUGGCCGACUACAACAAAGAUGGCCUCAUCUCCUUGCCGGAGGCCCGCUCCACGUGGGCUCUUCUCCAGCUCAAUGAGUUUCUGCUAGCAAUAGUCCUGCAGGACCGAGAGCACACCCCUAGGCUCCUGGGCUUCUGUGGGGACCUGUAUGUGAUGGAGAAGGUGCCCUAUGCUCCCCUGUACGGCAUCAGCCUGCCCUGGGUGGUGGAGCUGUGGAUCCCAGCGGGGGUACGACGCAGCAUGGACCAGUGGUUCACGCCCUCCUGGCCCCGCAAGGCCAAGAUCUCCAUCGGCCUCAUGGAGCUUGUUGAGGAUGUCUUCCACGGGACCUUCGGCUCCUUCCUUAUGUGUGACGUGAGCGCAGACGGCUUCGGUUACAACGACCGCCACGACUUGAAGGUGAUGGACACUCGCCACAUUGUCCCUGAGGCCACCUUCCAGAAAGCCAUGAGGGAGCGGCGGUGCGACACGGAAGAGGACUGUCUGUACGGUGCCGACUGUCGCACUUCCUGUGACCUCACCAAGCACCGGUGUACUCCAGAGGUGACGCAGCCCAACCUGGCCAAGGCGUGCGGCGCACUGAAGGAUUACCUCCUGAACGGGGUGCCGGCUGACAUUCAGGAGGAGCUGGAGAAACAGCUGUAUGCAUGUAUAGCAUUGAAGGGCUCGGCCGAACAGAUGGAGAUGGAACACUCGCUUAUACUGAACAACCUGAAGAGCUUGUUGUGGAAAAAGAUAUCGCACACUAAGGACUCCUAAUGAGGUGAAAACAUAGGUACAUCCUGACCCUGGAUUUGAAAGUAUUGAUUGGAACAGCGUUUCUACCAUUGUAAAUCCACACUUUGGGAAAGGGUGGAGAAUCCGGACACAGAUGAACACUACUGCUGCCCCCUCAUGCUUUUUAGGGAACUAUAAUGAACAAAAAUAUAAACGCAACAUGUAAAGUGUUGGUUCCGUUUUUCAUGAGUUGAAAUAAAAGAUACCAAGAAUUGUUCCAUGUACACAAUUUGAGAGAAUAUUUUUGUGCAUAAAUGUUUGAGCGUUAAUCCAUCCACCUGACAAAACAACAUGAUCAUUAUAAAGGUGCACCUUGUGCUGGGGACAGAAGGCCACUGAUCACACAACGCCACAGAUGUCUCAAGUUGAGGAAGCAUGCAAUUGUCAUGCUGACUGCAGGAAUGUUCAACAGCGCUGUUGCCAGAGGAUUGACUAAAUUUCUACCAUGAACUGCCUCAGUCUUAAUGAAUUUGGCAGUACAUCAAACCAGCCUCAGGACCUCCAAACGGCUAAUUCGCCUGUGGGAUCAUCCGAGACCAGCCACCCAGAGAAUUACUCCAUUUCAUCAGCUGUCUGUAAUAAAGCCCUUUUGUGGGGAAAAACUGAUUGGCUGGGCCUGGCUCCCUAGUCGAUAGACCUUUUGUUUUUAACCUGACUGCACCCCUGCUCAGUGACUAAUGAAUUCAUUUCAAUUGACAUUGUCCCUCUACUGAAAAAUAAACAUUCAAUCAAACCGUCGGUUAAAAAGGCUUUACAAAUUGAGGGACGGGGUUAAUUUCCCCCUUUAAUUUGUGUAAUGUUUAGACUGACUGUACAUUUCUAGCAAACAAUGGCAAUUGUAUUCCAUUUUCAACUUUUCCCUCCAUCUAUUUAAAAUCUGCAUUGAACACUGUCUAUAGCGGGUGUAUUCAAAUCAAGCUAGGUCAGCAUUGUUUUUUGUUCUACCAGAUUAAAUUGCACCCACCUGGUGUCCCAGGUCUAAAUAAGUUCCCGAUUAGGAAAAAAUGAAAAAUCAGCAGUGAAACUGAAUUGGAGGUCCAUAUUUAAAUAUCCCUGGUGGAUGGUUUCGAAUCAGGAGUGUAAGUAAAUCAGUUCCAUGUCCAAUUCUACACAAUCUCAACCACUUAAACAGUAUGGGUAACACUUCAAACAGUAGCUCCUAUAAUAGAGGGAUAAACCAAUAACAGACAGAGGCUAUAUUCUUUUUCUGUAGAUUUAUUAGAACAAAGAAUUGUCCCUACAUCAUUAGGACCAGAGU